UACCCUAGAGACGUACAGUGAUAGAUAAAAGCUCCACCCGGUGAAGGCGGCUGAUGUUAUUGCACUGAGGAGUUGAUACACAAUAGCGAUGGCAAAAAUCUCAUUUUUUCUCUCCAGCGUCAGUAUAACUGUCCUACAGGACAUGGAGCCUGACAAGAUCUCUGGAAAAGAGAAGGAAUAUGAAUGUGUGGAGCUUGGUGAUCUGGACAGAAAAGAGAAGAUCCCACGUCGCAUUAUUCAUUUCUCCAGUGGUGAAACCAUGGAAGAAUACAGUACAGAUGAGGAGGAGGACAACAAGCAGAACGCAAAGAAAGACCUUCUGUCCUCCAGAGACGCAUCAAACCUGACGUUGGGCCCUUAUGUUUGGUUCCACAUGUGGAGAGCAGCUACAUCUACUAUAUCUGCUUGUGACUACCUCGGUGAGCGGAUGGCAUCGCUUUUUGGCAUCACCUCAGCUAAAUACCAGUAUGCCAUUGAUGAAUACAGCAGGUCAAAGAGAGAGCCCAAGUUCCACUCCUCAAGGACAUCAAAUGACUCCAUCCUCCAGCGCAUUGGAAAAACUUGCAAAAAGAGAGACAGAAAAAACCCACUAAAUCCAGGUAUUUAGUUAUGUGAUAAAGCUGUGCCCCUGAUCAAAAAGGUGUUUUUAUAGUCUUGGUGAUCCUUAAUAGUGUGUGGAACUGAGGUAGAUUUGCCAUUCUUUUAUCUAAUCUCUUAAUUUCUUCGCUUGGUUUCUUUUCCAUGUUUGUUCUAUGUUUUUGUUGUUAUGUUUGUGUGUUUGUUUGUUACAUAUCAGACUAGUCAAUAAACCCCAUUAUAAUCAAAUGGAUUGUAUCGUUCGCCUCACAGACAAAAUCACUUAAACGAUCUAUUUUUGCUACAAGCUGUUAUUAAGUUGAACAAAACUUAUAAACUAUUAAUCUACUUCACAAGGAGUGGUUAUAAUUACCUUUUCUAAAUAAAUAGAUCAUUACAGAGUCCGCUCAGACGAGCGGCUUGGUCUGGUUAUAUUUAUUUGGUCAAAUUAAGAAUAUUAAUAAUAAUUAUUUAUUAUUGAUAAUUAAUAUUCAUAAUCUGAGAGUCCGCUCGGACAAGCGGGCGAAGUCAUUGAUAUAUAUUGAUAUAUUGAUGUUUAGUCAAAUUAACAAUAGGUUAAUUCAGGAUAUUAAUAGUUAACAAUAACUCGUUAUUACUGAUUAUUAAUAUUCAUAAACUGAGCUAAUUCCGCUACACUGCCCUGCUUAUUCCAAUGUGUCAUUAAUAAUAACAGUUUUAUAUAGGCUUCUCUGAAACUGUGAAUAUUUAACUUUAAUUUUAUUUAGGCUAGAUUAUAAUUUUAUUUACCAAACCAACACAAUCUCACGGGCAACUCGUGUUUUGGUGCUGAAGCAUGGGCCUAUAGCGGACUUGUUUCACUGCACUUCAAAGGUUUUCGAUUAUUCUUUUUUUGUUAUCUAGUAGUUAACUGACCAACAAAAAAUACGUAACAAUUAAGAUACAAAUCAUAGCUAACGAAAUUUGUUUCAAAUAGAAUUUUUUUCCAAGAAACGUAUAUGAAUUAUAUUUUUGUUUGUGCCUGUCUAACUGUGCGGUGAUGAUUUGUUCCGCUCCGUGGAAAAUGAAGAUUUAAUUAACCCUUCACUGCUUCACAGCUGCUGAUGUUUUUUCAUUUCAUGUUCAGGCAAGGGAGUGUUAAGCAACAUUGGCAGAAAAAAUAUACAUUUAGAUUUCAAAGAAAAUAUAUUUAUAUUAAAAGGGAAACAUAAAAGUUGAUCCUAUCAAAAUCAUAAUGAAUGCCUUUAAAUAGUUAUUAGUUGUCAGCCAGCAUCAGUGUUUAUUGAGUUUGAAGUUAAUUCAAUUAAACUGAGAUAAGAAAUAUUGUUUUAGCAACACUCUAAUACACCACUUGUCUCAUUUUUGAUUUCGACUUGUAAAAAGCAUUUAAGUCCUUGUCCUUUUCUUAUUAGCCAUUUUCCAAAGCUUUAAAGACACCUGACUCUUCAUUUAAUAAGCACUUUAAUUGCAACACACACUCUGAAAAUUGUAAGUUUUUAAGUCAUUUAAUUUAUUUAAGUCAUAAGUUUACAUACAAUUUGCAGAAAAAAAGAGAAAAUAUAUAGGCCUAUUUCAAAUUGAAUGUUGCAUUUAGUAAGCCUACUGGCCUAAAUAAACUUUUGUAUCAACAAAUUCAUAAUCAUACCUGUUGCUAGUGCAAUUUUUAUUGACCAUAGCCUCACUCUUUUUUUAUUCAUUAUUUUGCUGCAGUUCCGCUCUUUUUAUUUAUUUUCUCACAGCCCCAUGAGCAAAAUGCAGCCUGC